AGAGCAGCUCUCCACCUGGACCUGGCUGUGUCCUCUGACCCCCCCACCCUAACCUUCCCUCUGGCCUCCCACAAGUCCCAGAGGAGGUUUGGAGACUCGACCCGUCCGACCCGCCACGCCUUGGUCACCCCAACUGAGAUGCGUUCUCUUGGGAAGGAGGCGAAGAGGUGCCUCCGUAACAUGGAGGACAGCUUGGUGCCACGGGGAGGAUUACCAGGGCUCCGCAGCAGCCCGGCCCCCACCUUGUCUCCGGCCCCCAUCUCGUCUCCGGCCUCGGCCCCCCAUCUGUGCCCAACCCUCCCUCAGGCCCAGCUCACUGAGAACCCCUCCCAUCUGCCCCAGCUGCAGCAGGCUAGCGACAGUCCUGUCUCUGGUUCUGCCUGUUCCUUCCCUCUCCACGGUGACUCUGGUCUCCACGGUGACUCUGGUCUCCACGGUGACUCUGUAGAGGAACCCGUGAACCUUCAGAUGUGUCACCAGGUGGCCAACGAGUUGAGGCACACCAUGAGAAGAGCCGUCACAUUCUACAACAAGGUCUGCUGUAUGACAGACAGCCCAGAGCAGCAGGGCCAGAUGUCGGCCAUUUUAAAAGAGGCCUUUUGUGUGGCGCAUACGGAGCUGGCCUCUGUGUUUCCUUCGGGUCAGACGGCAGCAGCAGGUCACAGCGCCCCCUGUCCCCUGGAGGACUCUCCAGGUCGCCAGCUGAGAGACGACCGGACCGUGGCUCUAUUAGAGAAAUACUCUGAGAUGCUGCUGUUCAUUGCUGAGAAGAAGAUGGACAGUAGCUAGUUGAUGGGUUUGACUAGAUGGGAUGCCCCGCUAAAUAUCAGAAGUUACUUUUCGUAGCAGGUUAGGGGAAUUAGGUUAAGGUUAGGAAUAGUUAUCCCUGGAUGCGACUCGAAUAUGCACGUUUUAACAGACAUGACCCUAGCUGAUGGAGGAUGAGACAAGACGUCCUUACGCGAAGCAAAUAUUAGCUAACCAGAUGUGAGCAAUUAGAUGCUUUCACUUCUCACCAGACUGUUUUCAAUAGCAUCCUGUCUCUUCUCACCAGACUGUUUUCAAUAGCAUCCUGUCUCUUCUCACCAGACUGUUUUCAAUAGCAUCCUGACUCUUCUAACCAGACUGUUUUCAAUAGCAUCCUGUCCCUUCUAACCAGACUGUUUUCAAUAGCAUCCUGUCCCUUUUAACCAGACUGUUUUCAAUAGCAUCCUGUCCCUUUUAACCAACAGCACCUUUUUUAAACCUGACCGGACGACUGUCUCUGUAUAUUAGAAUGUUUAUUUAGAUUUGUUUUAAACCCCCAUACUUUCAGUGAAAUGUUUAGCACCUCAUUAGAGACUGACUGAAAUAAGGCACUGGUAAACACAUGCUUCACAAUCUAGUUUAAAGUCUCCAAGUUGUUUAAAAUCUUUUAGCUUUUGUCUUAUUUUCCUAUUUAUUACUUUAAUUGAAAAGCUCUUUGUUUUGUUUGUCUUUUUUGUGUGUUUCGGUCGCUGUUGUCAUUCUUCGAUUUAUUUAGCUCUCACAAAAGCAUCUCAAAGUAGAAGUGCUGAUCUAGGAUCAGUUUGUCAUUUUAGAUGCAUUGUGGGGUUUUAAUUUUUGUUUUGUUUGUUAUGAAUAGGAUUACAUUCGACAGAUCCUAGAUCAGCACUCCUUCUCUUGGAUGCUUUGUGGCUACGAGCCCAGGUCCUUAACCCAUUCUGUUUCUAACCUUGUAGCCAUGGUAACGCUUUAUUUUAAAACAUGAUCUAUUUGAGCAUCAAAGCAGUCAAUGAGGAGUCAUUCAGCCACAACCAAAGUGACCUGCUUUAAUCAGUGUUUACAUUUGAAUCUCUUAUUAUUAUUAUGGUCUGUUUCUUAUGACCUGUCCAGGUAUUUGUGUACCAGGUUUAAUGUUUUGCUAGUUGAUACUGGGUUCUCUCUAUCCCAGCAGUCAAGUCGAGUUCAGUAUUAGUGUGAUUUCUGCUUGCUGCCUAUUGAGGUUGGAGCCAACAGACACUAGUGUUAAGGGCUCUAUUAUGUUAAAGCCUGUGGAAUCAGAUGGGUAGAGUAGUCUCAUCGUCACCUGCAGUGUUUUGUACAGUUCCCCUGUGGUGUUUCACCUGUGUACUUCAUGGUUUCUUGUGGAAAUGUUCAAGUUCAAUGUAAAUUAUUUGUAAUAUUUUUACCUUUCUGCUUUUGCAUUCAUACAAAAUGUAUAUUUUACUAAGAAUGUGUAAUAAAGGUUUUUUUUUUUUU